CGAGAGUCGUCAAGACACAACACACCGGAAUAAUACGCAAGUGCGUGACCACACACCACAUUAAAACGUAAACGUUUUAAAGUCAUGAAAAGCCUAAACUACCCCUGGUUGGGCCUAACAUUCUCACGCCCCUAACCACCCAAUCACAAGCGCGCGUACCCAACCAAUCCUCGUGAACCCAUCUAGAUCUGGUCCUUUUGGUCUGAACCUGAUCAUCACGACCUCAAGCUAGAUCUGUUCUGUCCUCCGGUGAUCUCUGCGUUUCGUUUUGCGGACAUGACAUCUGAUCAUCGCGACGCUGUCUUCUCUACAGAAUCGCCAGAACCCGACGAAGGAGGAGGUGUUGGAGACGGAGGAGAUUCCGACACCGACGAUGACGUGGCAGUACCGGAAACAAACGACGAUCCCGAUGAGGAAGAUCUCAAUUCUCCAUCCACCGUAACCGUCGCGCUUCCAUCCGGCUCCGCCGUCCCCGUCGUCGAUUCCCGGCGCCACACGACGGAGAUCGUCCACCGGCGACAACCACCGCAACCGCCGGCGAUCGACGACUCGAGACGUCUCUUCCAGAGGCUAUGGACCGACGAGGACGAGAUCGAGCUCCUCCGCGGGUUUCUAGACUACGUAACGACGCACAGAGGGGGGAGGAGGAGCAACGGGUCGCAUCCGCCGGAUACGGCGCCGUUUUACGAGAUGAUUAAGUCGAAGCUGCAGCUCGAGUUUAAUAAGAACCAGCUCGUGGAGAAGCUGAGGCGGCUGAAGAAGAAGUAUAGAAACGUGAUGAGCAAGUUUGGUUCUGGUAAAGAGUUUUUUUUCAAGAGUCCGCAUGAUCAGUCUACGUUUGAGAUUUCUAGGAAGAUCUGGAACCGAACUGGGAAGGUCAUUGGGUUUGAGGAUAACAAUAAUGUAAUGGAUUUUGAGGAAACCAACGGUAAUAACAUCCCUAAUGCUAUUGAGAUGGAUUCUGAGAACGGAGUUGAGAGGAAUAUGAGUAGUGGAUCGAGGAAACGAUCACGGUCGAGGAUAGGGAAGAUUGAAGAAGACAACAAACCUGUGAUCACUCCCUCUGAUGUCAACCUCAACGAAGCCGCAUUUGCUGGUAUUGGUUUGAUAGAAGAGACUGUGAAGAACUGUGUGUCUCCUUUGAUUAAGGAGAUGAUGAAUGGGACAACGAGUAUGAUGAUGGCUGCUAUGGGAGGAGGUAGCCCUGUUUUUACACGGGCGUUUGGUUAUGGUGUAGAAGGAGGAGGAAAUAAGGCGGCGAGGGAUGAGAGGUGGAGGAAGCAACAGAUUCUGGAGCUGGAAGUGUAUUCAAGGAGAUUAGAGUUGGUUCAAGAGCAGAUUAGAGCUACAUUGCACGAGCUAAGGACGAUGCCAAGUGGUGUAUGAAUGAUAGAAACAUGAAGAAGAAGAAGAAUAAGACUGUGAUGAAAACAAUAACCAGUUUGUUUGUGUAUAACCUUAGUAUAGUUUUCUAAGUAGACUCAUUUGUUGAAUAACAAACACAGACUUCUAGCUAGUUUUAAUCUGGAAUGAUAAAUAAUAUUUUUGAGUUGUGUGCCAAAUCUUUGCCGA